AUGAGCCAGCUCUACCCCGGCCAGCUGCCCGCCUCGAUGGUUUACCUCUACGGGGCCGAGCGGGGAGCCUUGUCAGGCGCGCUGGGCUUCGGGCCGGCGGCGGGGGUCCUUCCCAGGCAGGAGUCCCCGCAGAAGCCGCCCUACAGCUACAUCGCGCUGAUCGCCAUGGCCAUCCAGCAGGCGCCCGAGCAGAAAGUGACGCUCAACGGCAUCUACCAGUUCAUCAUGGAGCGCUUCCCCUUCUACCACGACAACAAGCAGGGCUGGCAGAACUCCAUCCGCCACAACCUCUCGCUCAACGAGUGCUUCGUCAAGGUGCCCCGCGAGAAGGGCCGCCCGGGGAAGGGCAGCUACUGGACGCUGGAUCCCCGCUGCACCGACAUGUUCGAGCACGGCAACUACCGGCGGAGGAAGAGGAAAACCCGCGGCGGCCCGCAGGCACCGGACGAGGCCGGGCUCGACCGGGAGGGCGCCCCCGCAGAAGCCCCCAAGAGGCGCCUCUCCAGCCCCCCCGGCGGCCAGCAGCAGCGCCCCCGCCUUCCCCUCCAGCCCGGCGCAGAGGAGGAGCUGAAGCCGAAUCCCGGCGUCCGAGAGCAAGAGGAGGAGGAGGAAGAAGAGGAGGAAGAGGAAGACGCGCGGAGCCGGCUGGCGGCUACGGCGGCGGGAGAGCGAGGCUCCAAGCCGGGCCCGGCCGAGCCGCCCCUCCGGGGGUCCCCAGUUGGCCUCUCCCCGCCGCGCCCCGAGGAUGGAGCGCCCCGCCUUGGAGAGGGUCCCGCCGCGCGCUUCUGGGCGCCCUCGGCCGCCAGGUUUCCCCAGAGCCCCGAGGCGCCCCCGCGGGCUGCGGCGCCGGCUGCCAACCGUGCAGAGUCGCUCCGACCCCCGCGGGGCUCGGCCAAGCCUCGCAGCUUCAGCAUCGAGAGCAUCCUUGCGCGGAAAGUCCUGGCGGCGCCGCCCAAAGGCGAGCCCAGCGCGGCCAUCUCCAAACUGGACCAGCUGGUGGGCAGCGGCGGGCACGGCGAGACCAACGAAGCGCGCCCGCCUUUCAACGCCUCGCUGGUGCUGGAUUCCCACUUCCCCGGCCGGUUCUACCAGCUGGGCAUCCCCUUCCUCUCCUACCUGCCCCUCCGCUUCUCGGAGACGGUUUUUCACUUCUAA